CAGCUGUUUUGUUAAAAAAAUUUGCACGUGGUGACGUGUGUGUGUGUCGCCCGGCUCCGAUUUUGUUAUUAACAUAUAAAUUAAAAUUGUUUAUUGUUUUAUUUAAUUUAAAUCAUGAUGGAGACGGAGACAAAAGUCUUGUCGUUACCACAAAAAAAAUAUUAUCGACAACGUGCACAUUCAAAUCCAAUUGCUGAUCAUUGCAUUGAAUAUCCUAUAAAACCAGAUGAUAUGGACUGGAGCAUUUUGUAUCCUGAUCAUUUUACCAAUAACAAGGGAGAUGGUGAAAAUUCUGGUAAAUGUGUUGAAUUUGCUGACAUUGGAUGUGGUUAUGGUGGACUACUUGUUACGCUAUCACCAAUGUUUCCUGAAAGUCUUAUGCUAGGAAUGGAAAUUAGAAUAAAAGUGUCAGACUAUGUUAUGGAUAGAAUUGCUGCAUUGAGAUCACAAAAUGCUGGAGAGUAUACUAACAUUGCUUGUUUAAGAACAAAUGCCAUGAAAUAUCUUCCAAAUUAUUUUAAAAAAGGACAGUUGAAGAAAAUAUUCUUUUUAUAUCCUGACCCACAUUUUAAAAAAGCAAAACACAAGUGGCGUAUUAUUAACAAAACAUUACUCGCUGAAUAUGCAUAUGUUUUAAGAGAAGAGGGUAUUGUGUACACAGUUACAGAUGUUAAAGAUCUUCAUGAAUGGAUGGUUAAACACUUUGAAGAACAUCCAUUGUUUGAAAGAAUUUCUGAAGAUCAGUUGGCGAAUGAUCCAAUAGUUCCAAAACUUUAUGGAAGCACUGAAGAAGGCCAGAAAGUUACAAGAAAUAAUGGUGAUAAAUUCUUAGCUGUUUUUCGCCGAGUUGCUGAUUCUUAUGAUGAUUUUUCUGAUGACGAAAAAAGAUAAUCAGUUUUGGAACUUUUUUCUGGUAUUUGAAGCCACAUUUUAUUAAAUGGAAUUUUUCCAGGAUUAUUAUCUCGAGCAAGAUGAAUUGUAUCCAAUGUAAAUUCCUUAUGAAUUGUGGUAAAUAUUAUCUAAAUCAACAAAUGAAAAAAUAAAAAAUCAUAAAUAAAUAUUGAUAAGAUAUUUUAAAAUAUUAAAACAAAAAUAAUUUACAUUUUCAAAAAUUUUUUCCAUCAAUCUUGACGAUGGGUACGUUAAAGAUUUUUCAUUUUCAUCCAACUUUUUAUUUUUUAACUUUGUAUAUGUUAAAUCAUUUUUAUCAUUAUUGAAUUUUGAUGAAUAAACUUUCCAAUGAUUUUUAAACAA